UGUGCGGGGGGCCGGAGGCGGCGGCUGUCAGAGUCGGCUCAGCCUGCGCCGGGGAACAUCGGCCGCCUCCAGCUCCCGGCGCGGCCCGGCCCGGCCCGGCUCGGCCGCCUCAGCAGACACUGCCUGCCCUGCAGCCAUGAGGCCCCCGCAGUGUCCCCUGCACACACCUUCCCUGGCGUCUCCACUCCUUCUCCUCCUUCUCUGGCUCCUGGGAGGAGGAAUGGGGGCUGAGGGCCGGGAGGAUGCAGAGCUGCUGGUGACUGUUCGUGGGGGCCGGCUGCGGGGCAUUCGUCUGAAGACCCCCGGGGGCCCCGUCUCUGCUUUCCUGGGCAUACCCUUUGCGGAGCCACCCAUGGGACCUCGUCGCUUUCUGCCACCGGAGCCCAAGCAGCCUUGGUCAGGGGUGGUAGAUGCUACAACCUUCCAGAGUGUCUGCUACCAGUAUGUGGACACCUUAUACCCAGGUUUUGAGGGCACCGAGAUGUGGAACCCCAACCGUGAGCUGAGCGAGGACUGCCUCUACCUCAACGUGUGGACACCAUACCCCCGGCCUACAUCCCCCACCCCUGUCCUCGUCUGGAUCUAUGGGGGUGGCUUCUACAGUGGGGCCUCCUCCUUAGACGUAUAUGAUGGCCGCUUCUUGGUACAGGCCGAGAGGACUGUGCUGGUGUCCAUGAACUACCGGGUGGGAGCCUUUGGCUUCCUGGCCCUGCCCGGGAGCCGAGAGGCCCCAGGCAAUGUGGGUCUCCUGGAUCAGAGGCUGGCCCUGCAGUGGGUGCAGGAGAACGUGGCAGCCUUUGGGGGGGACCCGACAUCAGUGACACUGUUUGGGGAGAGCGCGGGUGCUGCCUCAGUGGGCAUGCAUCUGCUGUCCCCGCCCAGCCGGGGUUUGUUCCACAGGGCCGUGCUGCAGAGCGGUGCCCCCAAUGGACCCUGGGCCACGGUGGGCAUGGGAGAGGCCCGCCGCAGGGCCACACAGCUGGCCCACCUUGUGGGCUGUCCCCCGGGUGGCACUGGUGGGAAUGACACAGAACUAGUAGCCUGCCUUCGGACACGACCAGCGCAGGUCCUGGUGAACCACGAAUGGCAUGUGCUGCCUCAAGAAAGCGUCUUCCGGUUCUCCUUCGUACCUGUGGUAGAUGGAGACUUCCUCAGUGACACCCCAGAGGCUCUUAUCAACGCGGGAGACUUCCAUGGCCUGCAGGUGCUGGUGGGUGUGGUGAAGGAUGAGGGCUCAUAUUUUCUGGUUUAUGGGGCCCCAGGCUUCAGCAAAGACAACGAGUCUCUCAUCAGCCGGGCCGAGUUCCUGGCCGGGGUGCGGGUCGGGGUCCCCCAGGUAAGUGACCUGGCAGCCGAGGCUGUGGUCCUGCAUUACACAGACUGGCUGCAUCCCGAGGACCCAGCACGCCUGAGGGAGGCCCUGAGCGAUGUGGUGGGUGACCACAAUGUCGUGUGCCCCGUGGCCCAGCUGGCUGGGCGACUGGCUGCCCAGGGUGCCCGGGUCUAUGCCUACGUCUUUGAACACCGUGCCUCCACGCUCUCCUGGCCCCUGUGGAUGGGGGUGCCCCACGGCUACGAGAUCGAGUUCAUCUUUGGGAUCCCCCUGGACCCCUCUCGAAACUACACCGCGGAGGAGAAAAUCUUCGCCCAGCGACUGAUGCGAUACUGGGCCAACUUCGCCCGCACAGGGGACCCCAAUGAGCCCCGAGACCCCAAGGCCCCGCAAUGGCCCCCGUACACGGCGGGGGCUCAGCAGUACGUGAGUCUGGACCUGCGGCCGCUGGAGGUGCGGCGGGGGCUGCGCGCCCAGGCCUGCGCCUUCUGGAACCGUUUCCUCCCCAAAUUGCUCAGCGCCACCGCCUCGGAGGCUCCCAGCACCUGCCCAGGCUUCACCCAUGGGGAGGCUGCUCCGAGGCCCGGCCUCCCCCUGCCCCUCCUCCUCCUCCACCAGCUUCUCCUCCUUCUCCUCUCCCACCUCCUGCGGCUGUCACCACAGCCUCUUCCCCUAGGGCCACAGAGGCCCCUCCUCUAAUGAGUGGUCGGACAGUGGGGAAGGGCCCCACUCAGGGAUCUCAGACCCAGUGACCCCUCCCUCCUCAAACCAAGAGACUCACACUGGACAGGGCAGGAGGAGGGGACUGUGCCUCCCACCCUUCUCAGGGACCCCCACGCCUUUGUUGUUUGAAUGGAAAUGGAAAAGCCAGUAUUCUUUUAUAAAAUUAUCUUUUGGAA